CCCAAAAAUCCUUUUCUCACUCUCAAAACCCGAGAAAGAGUAACAGAUUAGAUCAGCUUAGCCGGAAAACCAACCACCACCUCCACCGGAGCUACAGCAAUUAUGUGGCGGUGCGUUUCUCGGCGGCUCGGCGUUUCUUCGCCCUCGAGAUCAGUCGCGGCCAAUGACUCUCUUAGAUCUCACUUCUCCAGACUCUUCUCCUCUGAUUCGGCUACUGGACGCUCGUCUUAUACUGUGGUGGAUCACACUUACGACGCCGUGGUGGUCGGGGCUGGCGGUGCAGGGCUGAGAGCAGCCAUAGGGCUUUCGGAGCAUGGAUUUAAUACCGCAUGCAUUACUAAGCUUUUCCCUACUCGUUCACACACCGUUGCAGCUCAGGGUGGUAUAAAUGCUGCAUUAGGGAAUAUGACUGAGGAUGACUGGAGGUGGCACAUGUACGACACGGUGAAGGGAAGUGAUUGGCUGGGUGAUCAAGAUGCCAUCCAGUAUAUGUGUAGAGAGGCUCCAAAAGCUGUGAUUGAACUUGAAAAUUAUGGUCUGCCCUUUUCUCGAACUGAAGAUGGAAAAAUAUAUCAGCGUGCAUUUGGUGGUCAAAGUCUUGACUUUGGAAAAGGUGGACAAGCGUACCGUUGUGCUUGUGCUGCCGACAGAACUGGGCAUGCUCUUUUGCAUACUCUCUACGGACAAGCUAUGAGGCAUAAUACACAGUUUUUUGUCGAAUAUUUUGCUCUGGAUCUUUUAAUGAACAGUGAUGGGAGCUGCCAAGGAGUUAUUGCAUUAAAUAUGGAGGAUGGGACUUUGCAUCGGUUCCAAGCUUCAUCGACAAUAUUGGCCACAGGGGGUUAUGGUAGAGCAUACUUUUCUGCAACCUCAGCACAUACCUGCACUGGAGAUGGCAAUGCCAUGGUGGCACGUGCUGGGCUCCCACUUCAGGAUUUGGAGUUUGUGCAGUUUCACCCUACUGGUAUAUAUGGCGCUGGAUGCCUUAUUACUGAAGGAUCACGAGGGGAAGGUGGUAUCCUAAGAAACAGUGAAGGUGAGCGAUUUAUGGAACGAUAUGCCCCAACAGCAAAAGAUCUUGCUUCUAGAGAUGUUGUGUCAAGAUCCAUGACUAUGGAAAUCCGGGAGGGUCGUGGUGUAGGACCUAUGAAGGACCAUAUCUAUCUCCACUUGAAUCAUUUGCCCCCAGAUGUACUAAAGGAGAGGCUUCCUGGUAUUUCUGAAACUGCUGCCAUUUUUGCUGGAGUCGAUGUCACUAAAGAGCCUAUUCCUGUGUUACCCACUGUACACUACAAUAUGGGUGGAAUUCCAACCAAUUACCAUGGAGAGGUAGUUACCAUUAAAGGUGAUAAUCCAGAUGCAGUAAUUCCUGGGUUAAUGGCAGCUGGGGAGGCAGCCUGUGCAUCGGUUCAUGGUGCUAAUCGGCUUGGUGCAAAUUCACUCCUUGACAUUGUUGUUUUUGGCCGAGCAUGCGCAAAUAGAGUUGCAGAGAUUAGUAAACCUGGGGAGAAACAAAAGCCUCUGGAAAAGGAUGCUGGCGAGAAGACCAUUGCUUGGUUGGACAAAUUGAGAAAUUCAAAUGGCUCACUGCCGACUUCAAAAAUUCGGUUGAAUAUGCAACGAAUAAUGCAAAAUAAUGCUGCUGUGUUCCGUACACACGAGACAUUAGUAGAAGGUGCUGAGUUGAUUGACAAGGCAUGGGAGAGUUUUAAUGAUGUUCAAGUAAAGGAUCGAACUUUGAUAUGGAACUCUGACUUGAUUGAGACUAUUGAGUUAGAAAACCUUUUGAUAAAUGCAUGUAUCACCAUGCAUUCUGCUGAAGCCAGGAAAGAGAGCCGAGGAGCACAUGCUCGUGAAGAUUUCACGACAAGAGAUGACGAAAAAUGGAUGAAACAUUCUUUGGGAUACUGGGAAAAUGAGAAGGUUCGACUAGACUACAGACCGGUUCACAUGAACACAUUAGACGAUGAAAUCGAUACCUUCCCUCCUAAGGCUCGUGUCUACUGAGGCAUCUGCUCAUCUCUAGUCUUCCAGAGAAAUCUUUUUACAGGCAUCUGGUUAUUUCAUAAGAAAAGAAUUAUUUUGACCAAUAAUUGGUGCUGUGUUGGUGAUCAAAGGGUUUCUAAUAAUUUCAAUCAUCGAUUGGAAAAUGUAUCCGCAGCCGUGGAGAAUAAUAUUUCGCUGAAUAGAGUUAAUUUGGUAACGGGUUUUAUAUUGAAUUGCCAGCGAAUUCAUGUAUUAUCAUCUCUCUUUCAUUUAAGAGCUUGUCAAGGCAAUUUGUUGGACUCGAAAUGGUGUGCAUGGUAACAGGAAGCCAAUUCUUGUCUAUUAAAAGAUGACUUUGAUACAAGUUAGAUUUGCUGAGUGGUAAUAGGAAGCCAAUUCUUGUCUAUUUCAUUUGUAAAAGAUGACUUUGAUACAAGUUAG